AAGUUGUGUGAAGCAAGACUAAACAACGGCAGUUCCAAUGUAUACACAAAUGAUACUAGACACACUCAUAAUGAGCAUUCUAAUCAACAGAAUAUUGACCAGUGUAUACCGGUACACUCAGGUGAACGUCAAGAACGCGCACAACGUCGCCAAACUAAUGUAAGAAUACUGAUCUAUAUUUAUAUUUAUCCAUAGUAAUAUGUAAUAUGUAAUAUGUCAACAGAAUAACAAGUUUUGGAUAUUCGAUGGAAUACAAAAGAGGUCAUUAUCUAUGUUGGUUUAUGUUUAUGCAAAAAUGUGGUCAGUGUAUCGUCACGAACCGCCUAUAUUGCUCUUCGCCAACUGGUCAACCAACAGCAUUUGUUAAUAUUUUCAAUAAGGCGCUGUCGUAUAGCACGAAUGCGUAAUUGAACCAAAACAUUGUUAAUGGUUGGUUGGACGAAAGUACUGAAUAUACGCACGUGACAAUGAACAGACCAUUUUUGCAUAAAUCAAGACAAAAACAUAGAUAAUUAGGCCUAUUUGCCUCCAUCCAGUUAUAUUGAUAUAUUGACUUUAUUGACACUCCCUUGAAGGGGCUUUUCAGUGACAAAAUUACAACCUAUGAAUUACUAUAUUAUUAUUACAUUAAAUCCUAAAUAGUUUUUAUAAUAUAUUAAAACAAAAUUACGUACGUAUAUACAAUAGCAGCAAUAACCCAAACAACAACAUCAACAACAGCGACAGCAACGGCGACAGCUACACCUACAGAUGAAUAACGUCGUGCACAUAGUGAUCUAGAUAUUGUUGAAGUAGUUUGUGUAAUUUAGUUUUAUUUUAAAGUUUGGGAAAGAGUUGCAUAGUUUUAGAUCAGGAUUAAUGUUAUUCCAGAGAGUGAUAGUUCUGUAGUGGAAAGUUCUUUGUCCAGCAGUGGUUUUGUAUAAAGGAACAUCCAAUUUAUUACCAUUUCUUGUUUCCCGGAAACUCACAAUGACAGAAUGACUACGUUCUAUUGACUACGAUUUAUCAUUAAAUUUUGCUAAUACCGGCUACAACUGUUCAUUUUCCCUCUUCUCUUUCGGUUUAUAAGGAGUGCGAAUCAAUGAGAUCUGAAAUAACACAAAACAACGGAAGCCAAAGUGAAUUGCCAACUGACGCAGGACUGACGACUGAAAAAUAUUCUCAACAGAAAAAUUAUGGUACAGGUAGCCAACAACCACAACAGUUGUCAAAAGAAGAAUUUGGAAACCAAGAGAAAUAUCCUAGUCAGGACGUUUCUGACGUAAGUGUCGGUAUAUAUCUGCAUGUUGUCUGUGUAGCAGCCGGAUUUGGGGGGGGGGGGAACUUGCGGGCGGAAAAAUUAGGGCUAGAGAACGGGACAUGGGCUGAGAAAAGGGCGGGUGUGAAAAUCUGCAUGCGAACACAUUUGUACAGUGUUGUAUAAUUCAUCCAUAGUAAUGUAACUUUAUUUAGGGUCUUAAUACAACCUGUAAUGAUCUGAAAAAUCCAUUUAACUAUUACCGAAAAACGCGCAACAUCAUUAUAUUGCCUACUGGGGAUAAAGAGAAAGUUCUUGUUGGGGGGCGGUGGGAGGGAGUACAAAUUUUCUAAGAGCAUACAUAAAAAAAGCGUUUCAAUCCAGUUACACUUAUCAGUUAAAAAUGGAGGCGAUGGCGUCCUAGUAUCUGUAGAAAUUGCACAUUUUUUGCAAUGAAGCCUAUUUUAGUGGUUCCAGCUGUCAGUUGGUACACAAGACUAUAGUAAUAUGAUUCUAAAGUUUAUGUAAAUGACUACGAAUUCUGUUUCUGAUUUAAAAAUAUUGAUAAAACAUUCCUUUCUCUCGUGCAUUAUUGAUGAGUAUUUUAAGCUAUAUAUGUUGUAACAUAUACUUAAAAGUAAGUUGUCAUGUGUUAAAAACGUUCCUUCCUUUCAGCCAAAAAAACUUCAAGAAGAGAUUGUUGGUCGUGUAAGAAGAACAAAGAAAAACAUAUCUGUCAUUGCGACGGUUAGUUCUAUACUGCAUAAUUAUAUAUGCUUUGAAACUAAACUAAAAUAUAAAUCAUUUCCACGGUGUAGCUCUGUCCAGUUUCAGAGCUGAAAUUUAGGACAUAUCUUACACAUUGAAAUCACUAUAACUGGCCUGACACUACCUCCAACCGGAAAUUGAAGCCAAACUUGAAGGCCAGUCCCAGUCUCUUCGCGCAUGCGAAAAGUGCGCAGUCAUUCAAUUAUAAUAUAAAUACGCGGGUCUUGAUCCCUUGAUCAAGAUGAGCAGUUUAUGUGAAGGUAGGGUUCCAGUUAUAUUCAUUUCAAUGAUCUUACAGGAUUGUGUUACUAACUAACUUUAUUGUUACUGGAUAGCUCUAACCGUUAGAGCUGAAGUUCCAAUUAUGCCAUUAUUUCAGAGAAUUAGCAUCGACAACAAGUACGAGAUUUGCCAUUUUUGCGCGAAACGCACAUUGUAUGCUUACCAUCCCGUACUGAAGCGAGAAAGUCGUAGCUACCGCCUACGAAAUCUCGUAGUCCCCACGACGACUUUUUAAUUUAAAAAGCAAAAUAACUUAUUAUUUGUUUUUAUUUGUCUUAUUAUUUGAUUAUUUGUUUUUCUGCAAAAAUAAUAUGUAGAAAUAUUUGCUAUAGCCCCAGCGUUAACCUGGCUCAUUUUUGGGAAAGUGGAAGCGUAGAUUAUACCGAAAAUGUUGAGCUGCAAAUAACUCGCCUUUGCAAUUGUUGUUUGUUUACUAUACUAAAUUUUGACUUGACACGAGAGCGACUACGACUUUCUCGCGCCAAAACUAGAUCAAAUCUCGUACUCGCUGUUGAACUAGCCUCUCUAUUUACAUGUAGCCUUGAACUGUCUGUGCCAGUGUAGGAGUUCUAAAAGUAUUAAGAGGCAAUUUUUUUUAAUGUCACGUAUUUGCGAUGAAAAGUGUUCAAAACCUAAAUAUUUUUGGCGUUCCUCUCAAAAUUGCUUUGUUUUAGCUUUUUCUCUAGUUUAUACAGUUAGCUACCUUUUUAAAUGCAUUUACCGGUUGAGAAACAUAAAAUAAUAGUAAAAAGUUGACAAUUAAAAUACAAUUAUCAAUGAUGUUUUAAAAGUGACGCCAUGAUUUACAGCAAUAUAAGAGUAUAAGCAAAACUUACUGAACUUCAGACAUCAUUUUCUCUUUCUCUUUGUGUUAUUUAUAAUCUCUAUGGUACCAUCUAUAUAAAAUCUCUUCAUUUUAGCAUUAUUUUACAGAUAAAUCACUAAACAUACUUUUUAAGUUUGUUUGCCGCUUGAGAAACGUAUCAAAAAUUUUAAAAAUUGAAUAUAGUAAUAACCAAGUGGAAAAGUUAGUUUUGAGCGCGUGUCACGUGACAACCUACAAAAAAAUCUCCUCUUAACAAGUUUCCGUUGGUAGAGGGAUGCAACUACCUGGAAAAUAGAAGGAGAAUUUCGACGUUUCGAGCGAAGACCAUUCGUCUGCAGUUACUAGCGGAAGGCCUUCGGUCGUUACGAAAAGCCUUCGCUCGAAACGUCGAAAUUCUCCUACCUUACAUUUUUCAGGUAUACAGUUAGUUGCAUCCCUACCAACGAAAGCUUGUAAUGUCUAUCAGUUGCGGCACCAGGGGGGGGGGCAAGGAGGGGCAAAUGCCCCCCAAAUGAAUUUUUGCCCCCUCCCGCCCCAUUUUGCCCCCGCUCAAAAAAAAUUAUUAGUCACUGAGAGCGACUAAAGGCUACACAAGCGUUUUGUCGUUAUCGGAAAAUGUCUGGCUUAUAAGUUGUCAUUACUUCAUUCGUGAAUGCGCGUAUACAUGAAACUGUCUUUUACAGUUUCAAUAUUAGUUUGUAAAUCUCUGAAUGGUAAAACUUGCCAAUACUCCAAUAAUACGUUUCAAAAAAGAUAAAAAAGCUUUAGUUUUGCAAAGUUAAAUUCUCAAACGUGUAAAGGCCCACACAGACCGGACGCAAUUCGGCUACGCGACGCGAAUUUUCAGUUUUCAAAAACAAAUAAAACCGUCCACGGAUGAAAAUUUUACAAGAUAUGCAAACCAAAAUAAUAAAAUUGCUAAGUGGUCCCGAACAUUUGAAAAACAAUGAAAAAUAUUAAAGUUAAAUGUAAUUGAAAACUGAAAAUUCGCGUCGUGUUGCCAAAUAGCGUCCGGUCUGUAUGGGUCUUAGGCACGAAAUUAUUUGAAUAAACCACAUCGCAUAUAUGGGGGGCGAAUAUUCUAGAGGAGGGGGGCGAAUAUUCUAGAGGAGGGGGGCGAUAUUCCUAGGAUAUUCGUCCCCCGUGGGCGGUACUCCUAGGAAUUUCGCCCCCUUUUGAGAGGGGGCGAAUCUCCUAGGGGGGGCAAAAGUCCUGUGACAACGGCAUGGGCAAAAAUCUAUCUCCCCCAAUAUGAGUUUUCCCCUCAAAUGCCCCCCCCCCCAAUUCUAAGGCCUGGCGCCGCCACUGAUGUCUAUUUACAUUGGCAUUAUGGAUACCUAGGAAAAGGUAGGGUAUACCUGCAAGGAGAUCUAGAAACGGAAUGUAGUGUUUACAUUAUGAAAAUAAGUUAAGUACCUCGUUCUUCUCUUUCAUAUUUCAGAAACUGAACGAUUUCAUGGUAGAACCCGGAAACUGUGAAAAUGAAAUCACCGCAGUACAAGAUCAGGAUCAAAGUUUAGAAGCCCAUAAUAGAAGGUCACCUGAUGUCGUUUUGCAAAGCACAACAGGCAAUAUGCGAUAGCCUUUGUAUACUUGAAGGGAAAUGGCAAUAUAUUUUUUACUUUCUCAUUUGAAAGAACUUUUAAGACUAUAUAUAAUAAUACUCUUUUACCUUUUUUCAUAUCUUGCUUACUUCUACAAAUAUUUUGGUUGAAAGGAAUGAAAUGUCCGCCAUCUUCAAGUCUUGUAGAUAUGCACGUCACAACAGGGGUCGCGCAAUAUUUUUAUCUAGAGAAACAUUACAGUCAUUUUGCAUUCAAAACUAUACUCUGUCUGCCCUUCAAAAUAUCAAGAUCAUUCAAAACCUUUAAAACAUCUACCAAUCAAUAUUUGGUCAGCAACGAAUACUUUUAUAUGGUAAUCCCUGUUGUGACGUCACCAAAACUACAGUUAAUGAGAUCAAAAUUGUCUCCAAGAUGGCGGACAUCUCAUUACUUCAAGUGAGAUAUUUCAAGAACUAAGCAAGAUAUGAUAAAUCGGUAAAAGAAGUUAAUAUAUAUGAUUUUUAUGUGUUGGUGUUAUGUACUCAGGUGAAUAUGAUGUUUGUGGUGUUACUCUGAGUGUAUAUCCACACCGGGCAGGCUUGAAAAACAUGUCUGGUCACGGUGGGAAUCGAACCUACGACCUUUGGAUAUGCACUCAGAGUAACAUCACAAACAUCAAGUUAAUAUACAGGGUGUCUAAAAAAAACGCUAUGGAAAUUCAACUGGCUGUCGUGCAUCAUAAACUUAGCUAAACAAUUCAAUUUUUACAUAGGACGAAAGAGCUGAUAUUUAGCUAGCUUUUCUAUGAUACCUUUUUUAAAUCGUAACGAUGAGCAAUGGCUACAUACUCGUCAAAUAAAAAUUGCCGGUCGAAAUCACAUUCUUCCACCGUUGGGAAUUGAAAAUACAUUAAUUAUGCAAAGUUUGUCAAUCCCAAAGCAAUGCGAGCCUGCUGCAAGGAACGUAUUUGUUUCGUAAAACGUCUUGAUUACGAAUGUUCUCUGUUCAGGGAUUAAUUAAACCAUGUUUAAUGGAAGUUCUUAUUGAGUUAUUGUCUCACUAAGACGAAGAUUGACGUUGAGCUCAUUUUAGAUAAUUUAACAUUCAAUUUUAAUUCCCUCUUCACUUGGGAAUUGUCUAUGAUUCGUUUUCCAUGCAAUUCCCAACGGUGGAAGAAUGUGAUUUCGACCUGCACUUUUUAUUUGGCGAGUAUGUGGCCAUUUCUCAUCGUUACGAUUUAAAAAGAGUAUCAUUGAAAAGCUAUUAAAUAACUGUUCUUUCGUCCUAUGUAAAAAUUGAAUUGUUUAGCCACUUUUAUGAUGCACGACAGCCUGUUGAAUUUCCAUAGGCAUUGAGACACCCUGUAUAGUUUCAAAAGUUCUUUCAAAUGAGAAAAUAAGAAUUUAUUUUGCCAUUACUGUUUAUAUUCAGCCUUGCAAGUGACGUCGCAACUUAUCAUUCGGCAAAAAAUAUUUGACUUCCGCCAUUUUGAGUGGCAAAUAUUUAGAGCUAAAUAAUGACAUACACAGCGUCCAUUAGCCGUCAAAAUUUUACAAGUUCACUUCGGUAGAGCUCCAUUUUAUCACUUUUAUGCAAUGUGCAUAAAUUAAUACGAAUUCAGAAAAGCAAUUUUGUGCCAAAGACAUUUCCUUUGCUGCAUGUCCGUAAUUUUUGCUAUACCCAAAAUUGCGUGAUGACGUAAUAUACCCGCGUGACUGCAGGAUCUGAAUACAUGGUUAUGUGCAUUUCUUUAGUUCCAUUCAGUUGACUCGAUAAUCAGUCGGCGAAUGUAUUAAUAGGACAGUUUUGGCAGGGUUUAUAUCUUUCAUAACUUCAUGAAGAUUGUUAAACCUUCAAAAUGUUUUGAACUGUUCCUGAAAAGAGGGGGGGGGCUGAAAAGACUGUACUGUUUAUUGCACUUGGUUUUCUUGUGAGUUGUUUCCUCAUGUUUCAUGUACAAUAAUAGGUUAAGGAUAGGUUUGUAAUUGGGCUCAAGGUGGAAGAGAAAAAUAUCUGUACGCAAAACAUGAGGAUAUAACCUUUAUGUGCUCUGCCAUGCUAAACACGGAAACGAAGCCAUUGGGGGAAAGUCUAUUACUAAAUACUUUGCGGCCAAGACUCAAUCAUAUUACAAACAUAUAUCUGUACAUAUUUUAAAUAUGUUUCAGAUACAUUGGCUGAGUAUAAGGCUCAUGUUAUCAAUCUAAGACUUCCGGUAUCUCACAUCGUUUAUCAGAAUGUGGAAACUGAUCAUCCAUCAAAACGCAUGACAGAAGAUUAUUAUAUGUAGUUUGCCAUGCAAUGCUGCACCCAGGCGUAUUAUCAAACCAACUGUCUCUUCCUUGCUUAAAUUCAUCCCCACUCUGUUCACCCAAAUAAUUAGUCUUCUCUUGCCAUUAAAAGUUGUUCUGUUGAAUAUUUUUCAUUUGUCAUAGGAUCAUUUACGACGUCCAGUAUCUCGCCAUCCGGCUCCACGGUGAAAAGAGAUCUGGCUGAAAGAAUUCAACGUAGAAAUCAUCACAAACAAAAUAAUUACAAAUUUAAAGCAAUUUCUGAUGUAUAACACAGUUGUAUAUGCUGCUGCAGUAAUUCGGGAAAAGUAUACCGGAAGUACUAAGACAAAUGUAAAAUUAAAGCGCAUAGAUGCCUUGAAACGAAACUGUAUAAUAUUAGGCUAUAGUAAUAAUGGGGAAAAUAUAGUACACACAAUAUAGCUAAAUGAUAUAAUUACCAUUACCAAUCUGUGUGGUGUGCACAGUGACUGCAAAAAAAUAAAUCCCAUGCAGUGGCCAGUUGUACGAAGGCCGGUAAACGCCUAACCUGCGAUCAGGCUCUAUUUUACAAAUAAUAGCCUGACACAAUCCUUAAUCCGAUCGCUUUCCACCAUAGAUAUCUUAUAUAUACUAGAUAGCGCAUCUCUUUUAGUAAAAUUGAAGCCAAGAAUAUUCCAGCGGUUACCCCUAUUUGAAUAGAUGGCGGCCAUGUUGGUCGUUCCCGCUUGCUAAUAAACGCUUAAAAACAACAAUAACUUUCAUCAUUUGAAUAGUUUAAAAACGUAUUUGGAAUAGGG